AUGGAGGACAACUCGACAUUGCCUGGGCCAAGUGACUUCGACAGAUUGUUAUCAGCCCUAAAAUCCAGGGGAUCUUUAGCUUUCUGGCUAGGAUGCAUUAUAUGGGCAAUAAUUGAAAUCUUUAUUCUUGUUGGCAAUACUAUCACUUUAAAAAUAAUUAUUUGUAAUCCAACUCUUCGAACGAUUCCUAACUUUCUAAUUGCUUCCUUAGCUAUCUCAGAUAUUGGAYUGGGAGUCUUUUCUGGUCCACUUUGYUUGGGWGCUAUAAUGUUCUCUAAAUGGCCUUUCAGCARCACCUUGUGCCAGUUCCAAGGAAUGGCAGCCUUGACCUUCGCCUGUGCCUCGGUUGAAAAUUUAGCYUUGAUGGCCGUUAAUCGAUAUUUCCGUGUCGUUAARACUACUAAAUAUAACAAAUACUUUAAKAARCGCAAAACKCUAUGCUAUAUUUGUAYUGUAUGGAUGAGUAGCCUAAUAGCUUCGGUGUCGUAUAUUCUAUCUGGCCGAGAAUAUGUCUUUCAUCCAGGCAAGAUGUUCUGUUAUCUGCAAAUUGAUGAUUAUGUCUUUCUGCUACUAACUGUGACCUUUUACAUUGCCUUUCCUGCUAUGCUCAUAACAUUCUGUUACUAUAAAGUUUAUAAGACCAUCCAAAAGCAUAAUAGAUCAAUGUCGAAUUGGGGAAGUUCCUCCCAAAAUCUGUCARUCCAGGAAAUCAACAUCACAARAACRCUUUCUCURAUCGUGGUGAUGUUCAYURCUUGUUGGCUGCCUGUUUUUGUCAUGGAUUUUAUAGACAUCAUCAAAUUAAGGUGGUCUCUGCCAAGAGAGGCAUACGUGGUCUAUACAUUYCUUGYAGSAWCGAGCAGUUCUAUAAAUCCWGUGUUAUAUGGAAUCAUGAAUCCAGUGUUUAGGAAGGAGUACCUUAAAACAUUGACUUGUGGUUUACGAUGCACGAGAAAACGAAACGUKUCACCAGAGRAGCYAGCAAAUAAAGGAACAAAUACUGCUAUUAAGAGGAUACAAGUCAAAGAUAUUACCCGUACUAAAUAA